GGCAUACUCAUUUUACUCACAAUGAUUUGACCAUCAUUUUCUAUGAAUAAUUAUCUGCGAUCAAACCGAUAAUAUGUAUAAAAGCGGGCGGCUUUGUCUAUGGCGCGAAGUGUAGUACGGUGUGACCAACAGUUGACAUAGCCGUUACCAUAAUGUUCCAGAAGUUUCUUUUCGUUUUGAUCGUUGCGGCGAUGGUUGGAAAUAGUAUGCAGCAAGGAGGAGGUGGUGGUGCUGGAGGUCAAGGUAGGAGGAGAGCUGGAUUUGGUUUUGGCGCCAACGUAGGAGCAGGUGGUGCUGGCGGUGGUGAACAAGGUGGUGGUGGUGCCAAUGGUGGGGCAGGAUUCAACGCCGGUUUCGGAAUGAGCGGGGGCGCCGGCGCAGGCGCAGGCGGCGGUGGCCAAGGUCAAGGUUAAACCAGCAGAAAAUUAACUUAACAUACAACCCCUAGCUUGUAAAUAAACCUUUCCACUAACAAAGUUUUUGUUGAGACUAACUGCGAGGAAAAUAAAUGUUUAAGAAAGAUA